AAUAUUUUGGAAAUACGGUCUAGCCAAAAUUCUCCUCUGCUAUUUGUCACUUGUGGUUGUUCUUUUCAGAUUCUGUAUUAUGCCGUUCUGGGUGUGAACCCUCGUUUUGACAACAGUGUGUCAGCCUAUACACUCAGUGCAGACAGCCUGUCACAUGUUAUCAACCCUGUUGAGGCCAGACUAGGUUCCAAUGCAGCUUCAUCUAACCCUGUCUUGAACUUCCUGCUGUAUGUGCCAGAUGCCCAUCACUCUCCUCUCUACAUCAGAGACCACAGCAAAAGGGAGGUGCCCUCUAACGCCUUUCACAGCCCUCGUUGGGGCGGCAUUAUGGUGUACAAUGUGAAUGAAAUGUACGGACCUGAAGCUGAACGUCCUGUAGAUAUUAACAUUAAUAUGGCUAAAGUGAUGGGUGUGUUCUUGGCACAAUUACGGCUCAUGCUGGGAGUGCAGCGUACACAUCCUCCCACAGGCUUUGUGCUGCAGAGUCCAGGCAGCGCUGGACUGGCUGAUUGGGAGCUGGACCGACUCCUGUGGAGCCGCAGUGUGGAGAACAUCGCCACCGCCAGCACCACCAUCACCUCGCUCGCUCAGCUCCUCGACCAGAUUGGAAACAUCGUCAUCAAUGACAACGUCGCACAGCAGGUUUCCAGUGCAGUGGCGUCGCUCCAGUCUGCUGUCGCCGAGUUGGAGGCUGGGAACUUGGCUUUUGCGCUCCAUUACAGCAGGGAGGCCAUUUUGGCUUCAGAGAGGGCCUUUUUUGACCCAUCUCUUUUGCAUCUUCUUUAUUUUCCAGACGAUCAGAAAUUCGCCAUCUACAUUCCUCUUUUCUUACCCAUGUGUGUACCUAUUGUGCUCUCGCUACUGAAAACUGUGAGUGAAGCUAAGCAAAGGCUAGCAGAUAAACAAGCCAAAAGUGACUGAGAAACCACUGCUUGUUUGAUGCACACUAAUGGCUGCACUUGUGUAGCAUGUUCAAAAACACACUGAUUCAUUAAAAGAUUAUGUGUGUGGUGUGUACAUUUAAAAAAAAUGUAUUAGACCAAGAGUCUGUCAUCGGAUGAAAACGAACUGAUAUGAAAUCUGAAUUAUAUGCUUUAAUUUACAAAGGCAGCUGUACUGAACAAUGAAUGAGUGAAAUGAUUAAUUCUGUUUGAGUGCAAUGUGUAAUUUCUCUCUUUGUCCACAUUAAGUGCACUGCAUGUCUUCUUGUUUUGACACUGUAACACUGGGUCAUGAUCUCAUUUUCUCAGGUUUGUGAGGGUUUAUUAGGCAUAUUGUGGUUUGUUUUUCAAGGGGUUCAUUGUUGCAACAAAAAUAACAUACAAGAUAAAAAACGUAUUAAAAAUAACAUUAGCUUAUGUUUAAUGACAUAUUAUAAUAAUUUCUCAGAAUGUUUGGUUUGAUGUGCGUUAACUUUACAAAGGGUUUGUAUAGAGAUCCAGGAAUGAUGCCACAAUGUGAGGAUGUGUUAUUUACAG